AUGGAUGGCUUCUAUGGACAGCCCUAUUCGGGCAUGGACCCGCGACAGUCCAUGGACGGAUACACACAUGAUGAUAGUAUGAACGGUAUCGAACCCAGUGCGGUGGAUACCGCCGGCGUAGGUCAAGCGCAGACUCUACAUCAGAUCAUCAGCCAGAAUAACGAAGAGUUGAUACGCCGACGAAACACGUUUCAAUCCCAAUAUCGGCCAACCCCCAACGGCCAUGGCCGAAGAGCCUCCAUGCUCGAAUUCGGCUCUUCCAUGGAGAGCGAUCUGGCCCACUUCCAGUUUGAUCCUCCUCCGAAUGAGCCUGAAAUAAACAUGGCGAAUUCCGCAUCCCAUAUGCUACCGAUGUCCAAGUCUCUCGACCCUCGAAAAGUUCGUUCCCGGGAGGAUUUGUCCCUCAACACACGCUUUUCUCAGAUGAACACCAAUUUUGACCCCAUGACGGCGGUCCAUUCGUUCUCGCCCAUGGUCAUGUCGAGCACAUCGGUCGGGGUCGAACCGUCGGCCGCAUAUAUGCCUUCGACUAUCGACAUGUCGAUAGAUUUUGAUCCGGUGACCGGAGGCGCCAACCCCGCCAACAUGCCAUCGGGUCCUCUGCCAGGACAAAUGUUUUCGGCUUCCCCGGUAGACCAGAGUUUCUCGAUGCCUUAUCAGCCCUCUCCCCACGACCCCGGUGGGGGAUCCCUCAGUCCUCAGGUCCAGAGUCAGAUGGUGUCCAUGGCGCAGGCCGUGCCGUCCAUUCCUCCGCCAUUUCCAAACCCGCCCCAGCCACUCCGCAAAGAAACUCCACUUUCAACAACAUCGAUGUCCAUGGUAGCAGGUCCCUCUUCCACAAUGGCACCUUCGGCACCCGCGCCAAACGCGCGCUCCCGAAGACUAUCGGCAGACGUUCCAACCCCCUUUUCUGCGCAUGACAUCACGCCAGACCCCAGGCCCAUGAAUCCGCCCCGGUUUGCUCGGAUGCCUCAAUUGCCCGGUGGCCCAAUGCCACCUUCCAAAUAUGCCAACGCAUAUUCGUCGAGUGGGUUUGACAUGCUCGGUGUUCUUAUGCGAGUUGCAACAAGACCGAGGCCGGAAAUCAACAUUGGCCCGGUGGACCUCUCUUGUGCUUUUGUCGUCUGCGAUAUCGACAAAUUUGACCUACCAAUCGUGUAUUGUUCCGAAAUGUUUGAACGACUAACCGGUUACACGAAACAUGAAAUUCUAGGUCGCAAUUGCCGCUUCCUCCAAGCUCCGGACGGCAAAGUGCAAUCGGGCGUGAAACGGAAGUACGUCGACGACAACUCGGUCCUGUACCUCAAAAACCAAAUUUCGAAACGAGCAGAAGCGCAACUCAGUUUGAUCAACUAUCGAAAAGGUGGACAACCAUUCAUGAAUCUUCUCACCAUGAUUCCGAUCCAAUUUGAUACCGAGGAUUACAAAUUCUAUGUCGGGUUUCAGGUGGAUCUGGUCGAACACCCGAGCUCGGUUUCGGGGAGAAAUCCAGAUGGAAGUUAUUCGAUCAACUACAACAGAAGUGCGCUCCCGGCCUAUGCUCUCCCGGCACCACCGGAUCCCAGCCAAGGGUUGCAAGAAUUGGGCCAAACCAUCCCCAAAGAUGAAGUGUCCAAGGUUUUGACCACAUUGGGGCGUGGGGACUCGGACCUUUCUAAACGUAUUGGGGACAAGGUCCUUCUGGAAAACACCGAUGACGUGGUGCACGUUCUCUCAUUGAAGGGCCUCUUCCUCUAUCUUUCGCCGGCCAGUCGAAAAGUCCUCGAGUAUGAUGCGCGGGAGCUGGUGGGCAUUGCCUUGUCCUCGGUAUGCCACCCCAGUGACAUUGUGCCCGUCACUCGCGAGUUGAAGGACUCGUCAAGCGGAGCCCCGGUUAAUGUCGUCUAUCGAAUUCGGCGAAAAUACAGUGGUUAUACCUGGUUUGAAGCUCAUGGCAGUCUGCAUACCGAGCAAGGGAAGGGCAAGAAAUGUAUCAUUCUCGUCGGGCGGGAGAGACCGGUCUAUGCCUUGGACCGUUCAGAGCUCUCAUACGACGGGGGCUUGGGUGAAAGCGAGCUCUGGUCCAAGAUUUCCACGUCGGGGAUGUUCUUGCAUGUCUCUUCGACCUCUCGAGUCAUGCUCGACCGACUCCCUGAAGAUCUGGUGGGAACCAGUCUUCAAUCUUUGAUGAGACCAGAUUCCAAGAAGGAAUUCUUGCGUAUGCUGGAAUCGGCACGAACUGGAGAAAAAGUUACCUUCCGGCAUGAUCUUCAAAAUCGACGGGGCCAAGUUUUGCACGCGCAGACCACCAUUUAUUCGGGCGAUGCCCGGCCGGGCUUCAAGCCGACAUUUCUGCUGGCACAAACUCGACUAUUGAAGAUGACACGGGCUACCCUUUUGAAUCAAAAAUCGACGAAUACAUCAUCGUCGAGAACUGAUCCACCGUCCGUCGGACCUGGAACCCCGGCCCCGCAUACGUCGGGACAUUCCACCACGAUAGCGGUGGCGACGGGACCUUCGUCUCUGUCAUCGGAAAGCGGACUGGCUGACGUCCGGGGGAAUGUGACACAAGUAGGUAGCCAUGGGUUGAGUCUUGGUAACCAGGACGAAGCCCUGGCAUCCGAUGACAACAUCUUUGAUGAGUUGAAAACCACCCGGAGUUCAAGUUGGCAAUUCGAGCUUCGGCAAAUGGAGCGCCAGAACCGGAUGUUAUCGGAAGAGCUCCAAGCGUUACUCAGUCGCAAGAAGAAGCGCAAGAGGAGGAAGGGUCUUGGCCAAUUAGAAAAAGACUGCGCCAACUGUCACACCCGAGUUACUCCUGAAUGGAGACGAGGACCGAGCGGUAAUCGCGAUUUGUGCAAUAGUUGUGGUCUUCGCUGGGCAAAACAGGCAAGUUUGUAA